ACGGCAAGGCGGGGGCAAAAAAAUCCCUCAGCCGCGCCGAGGCGAAAGCGGCAGGCCUAGGAGGGUCGCGCGCAUGCGCGUGCCCGCCGCCGCUGCCUGCUCUCCGGCUCUGCGCUCCUCUCUGGGGCUCCCGUGAGGCGGCGGCGGAGGAGGAGGCGGCGGCGCUGAGUCGCGGCCGGUCCGGCGGCCUGAGGCGGCGACGGCUGCCGGCGGAGGCGAAGGAGGCGGCGGAACGGGAGAGGAGGAGGACGAGGGCGACGGAGACGGGGACGGAGGGGCUGCCGCCGACGUGGAGCUGCGCCGCCCGCGGGGGCGCCUCAGCCGCUCUCCCCCUCAGGAGGACCCCUUGGGCCUCGGCAGGGCCCGGAGCCGCCGGUGACGAAGGCCGCGCCUGGCUCCCGCCCCCCACCGCCCCCCGUCACCCCCGGCGGCGGCGCUGGGCCAGGCUGUCAGGGCGCCCGCCUCACGCCCACCCGCAGCCGGCCAGGCAGGAAGGAGCCGGCGGGCGCCGAGGGAGGCCGGGCGGCGGGUAGGCGGGCGAGCGAGCGAGCGAGCGGCUCCCCAGCGCGGCCCCUCCCCGCCCUCGCCCUCCUCUUGGGUCCCGGAUUUUGGGGUUUUUGCAUUUUCUGCCUCCUUCCCUCGCCGCGUAGCGCUUUGAUUCGGCCCGCUCGCUCCUGUCCCCCUCCUCGCCUCUCAUUUUCUCCCUUUCAGACCUCUGACCGCUCGGAGUGGGACGCUAAUCUGUCCAGAAGAGCCGUACAUGAGCACAGUUGUCCUUAUUCAUAAUUCUCUGCAUAAUUCCCUCUGUCUAAUUCUCACGUAACCCUCUUUCAAAAACGAUUUUUCAGUUAUCAUCCUGUCUCUUUCUAGCUGUUUUAUCCCAGUGUUUUUUACAUUGUGCUUUUCUCUGUCCUUUUUAUAUUCUCCACCUCUCAUUCUCUUUCUGUAGCUCUUUCAUCCCACUGUUUGAUAGCUUCUGCAUAUUUUAUUUACUUUCUAGGGUUUUUUUGGUCCUCUUUUUAAUUUUGUUUAAUCCCUCCCUUUAAAUUUCCGGCAUUUCUUACUUUCUUGUUGCUUUCCUUCUAAUUUUAGUUCUCUGAUCUUUUUGUUUUCUUCCUUAGUCUUCUUUCUGCCCUCACUCCUAUUUCUAAAACCCAUUUUUUAAAAAGGGGGAACCCUCGGAUUUUCUCCAUUGGGUUUCCUUUCAGUAUAUAUUCUUGACCAGCUAUAUUGGUUCUCUUUCUUAUUUCUGUGUUUUUCUUAUCCUUUAUCUCUGUUCCUCACACCUGUUGAUUAGCUAUUAGAGGGGGAAAACCAUUUUCUUUUCCUUUUUUGUAUCUUGAUUGUUUCUUCUCAUCUAUUCUUAACCUACAACUAAACAAACCUGUUUAGUUCUUUCUUUAAAAAAAAACUUUGCAUCCACAAGUGCUCCAUCUAAUUUUAGUGCUUUUAAAACUUCCUCCUGCUUUUCACAGUUUGUUCUUUUUCCUUAUGUAUCCUCUUUGUUAAAAUUUCCUUUUAUGUUUAUAUUUCCAAUUUCUUGUCUGUACUUUCUUAUCCGUUUUCUUCCUGUUUCUGUGUUUCUCUGUCCUCCUUUAAGCAACAAAAAAGUACUUCAUCUUUCUUUUGUAACCUGACUAACGCUUCUUUUUCUAUAUCUAAAUUUCAUUUACUUCACAUUUUUCUUUUUUUCUUUUUCUUUCUCUUCUUAACUCUUCUUUUGUGCUCCUAUAUUUUUCCUUCUGUCUUCAUAAUCUGUCCUGUUUUUUCUGUGUUGCUUGGUUUUCUAAUUUGCCACCCUAAAUUUUUAAUUUUCUCACUUCUUAAAAUUCCGUAAACUUUGUUCCUUGAUCUUUUAAUAACUGCUUUCUCCUUGUACCACCUGUUUUGUCACAAGGCUCUUGUCAGCCUAUUUUACUCUUCCUUUUCUCACUUUGCCUAUUGUUCAUUUUUUUUCUUUUCACUUUCUCCUUCCUUGUCCUCUUUUAUAUUAAUUUUCAUUCUCUCUUAUUUGUUUCACAACUUAAUUUUAUUCAGCCAUUCUCCUGCCUGUUCUGGUAAAAUUUACUAGCAUCCAUCCAAAUUAAGGUGGAUGGAUGUCUGCACAGAAAAAAGAGAGGUAGAGUUGUAGAAGUCCUUGAGGGAUCUUCCUGCACAUUUUGAAGAGAUAAGCGAAAAGGAUGUGGGAAUGGAAGGGGCCGGCUUUUCAGUACUCCUAACACUUCCUAGGGAAGUGAAUUCACACCUUUUUCCUGGGGCAGAGGGGGACUGACAGACUUCAAGACAGGCACAGAAGAAGCAGAACAAGGAUGGCGUUUUAGUACACACUACAUUGGCCAUUUUGGGGGGAAGGGGGUUAUUGCAUGCUCACGCACAUUCUCACGAAAGCCUCCAUUUUUCUUGACUUGAUGAAGAUGUAAAGGCCUGUUUAGCUCCCAUGUUUUUUGAAGGUGGGCAAUUUGCUUGUGACAGUAUAGCAGACUCCAUUUUCUGUGGCCAAAUGACAGCUUGACCCAGUUGUUAACUCCAACCAGAGGGCAUCGUCUUGAAUGUCUCUUUGUAGUGCCACAGCCAACGCAAAAAUGAUGGCGGCUUAUAAUGGCGGUACAUCUGCAGCAGCAACAGGUCACCACCACCACCAUCACCACCACCUUUCUCACCUCCCCCCUCCUCAUCUCCAUCACCACCGGCACCCUCAGCACCACCUGCACCCAGGCUCUGCGGCUGCAGUACAUCCCGUACAACAGCACACUUCUUCAGCGGCUGCUGCAGCGGCAGCAGCUGCUGCGGCAGCAAUGUUAAACCCAGGGCAGCAGCAGCCGUAUUUUCCAUCGCCAGCACCAGGUCAGGCCCCUGGUCCAGCAGCGGCAGCCCCAGCUCAGGUACAAGCUGCUGCAGCUGCUGCUGUUAAAGCUCACCAUCAUCAGCACUCGCAUCAUCCACAGCAGCAACUGGAUAUUGAGCCAGACAGGCCUAUUGGAUACGGUGCCUUUGGUGUUGUCUGGUCUGUAACAGAUCCACGAGAUGGAAAGAGAGUUGCACUCAAAAAGAUGCCCAACGUCUUCCAAAAUCUGGUCUCUUGCAAAAGGGUCUUCCGUGAAUUGAAGAUGUUGUGUUUUUUUAAGCAUGACAAUGUACUCUCUGCUCUUGACAUACUCCAACCACCACACAUCGACUACUUUGAAGAAAUAUACGUUGUCACAGAGUUGAUGCAAAGCGACCUCCAUAAGAUUAUCGUCUCUCCUCAGCCUCUCAGCUCGGAUCAUGUCAAAGUUUUUCUUUACCAGAUUUUAAGAGGUCUGAAAUACCUACAUUCGGCUGGUAUUUUGCAUCGAGACAUUAAACCAGGGAACCUGCUUGUGAACAGUAACUGUGUUCUUAAGAUUUGUGAUUUUGGAUUGGCCAGAGUGGAAGAAUUAGAUGAAUCUCGUCACAUGACUCAGGAAGUUGUCACUCAGUAUUAUCGAGCUCCAGAAAUCCUGAUGGGCAGCCGUCACUAUAGCAGUGCUAUUGACAUCUGGUCCGUAGGCUGCAUAUUUGCAGAACUGUUAGGACGAAGAAUACUAUUUCAAGCGCAAAGUCCUAUUCAGCAGUUGGACUUGAUCACAGAUCUGUUGGGAACACCCUCACUGGAAGCAAUGAGGACAGCUUGUGAAGGCGCCAAGGCACACAUACUCAGGGGUCCUCAUAAACAGCCAUCUCUUCCUGUCCUGUAUACAUUAUCCAGCCAAGCUACACAUGAAGCUGUUCAUCUCCUUUGUAGGAUGUUGGUCUUUGAUCCAUCCAAAAGAAUAUCCGCUAAGGAUGCCUUAGCUCAUCCAUAUCUUGACGAAGGGCGUUUGAGAUAUCACACCUGUAUGUGUAAAUGCUGUUUUUCCACCUCUACUGGAAGAGUUUACACGAGUGAUUUUGAACCCAUCACAAAUCCCAAAUUUGAUGAUACUUUUGAAAAGAAUCUCAGUUCUGUUCGGCAAGUUAAAGAAAUAAUUCAUCAGUUCAUUUUGGAACAGCAGAAAGGAAACCGAGUGCCGCUGUGCAUCAACCCACAAUCUGCUGCUUUUAAGAGCUUUAUUAGGUAACUUUCCACGGUUGCUCAGCCAUCUGAGAUGCCACCGUCUCCACUGGUUUGGGAGUAAAUGUGGAAGAUGUUCUUUUUAAUGUACUACUGAAGACAUAAUGUAGCUUUCCACUGGAUUCUGGGAUUUGCAAUUCUGGAGGUUUAAUCAUGCCUGUACUGUAAUUUUACUAAUGAAGUUUUAAAAUUUAAAAACCACUAUCCUUGUAUGAUAUACGAAUAAGAGUUAGAAACGUUAACUAGGCUUUUAAUCUCGUCAAGGGUGGGGUUGUGCUUUUAGAAGAGAAAUAUUUUAUUCAGAGUUGCACAUGGUUUUUAUGAAUUUUAGUGCAGCUGUGAUUUUUUUGCUUGACUCUGAACAAAACUGAAGAUUGAACCAAAUUGGGAAAGUUGCUAUUUUUGUGUUCCUUUUUUUCCUUCUUUCUCUCCCAGCCCCACUUUUCCCCUCUUCAGAUAAAGCGAGAUUGUGAAUACUGAUAAGGCGUUUUGAUAUUGACCCAUUCCUGAAGAUCUGGGGUUUCCUUUAAGGGGGAGGGUAGGGAAUACAGAACUCAACCACAACCGAUCAUGAAGUUGCAUCAGAUGGCAAGGGCCCAUAGUCCUUGGACAGUGUCGUCUGAUGGUCCCAAUUCUCUAUGUAGCUUUUCACUAGCGCUGUGGUGGUGACUGUGUGCAGUUUUUCCAAUCAGAUAUUGUGAGGAGAGUGAAUGAGUUGUAACUUGAAGAGAUGAGUGUAGUCCUUUUAACUUCCCUGACCCUUCCCUCCUGGUAUAAAUAAAAAUAUAAAUAUAUAUAUUUAAUCUAUUUUUAUUAGAGGUUUUUUCUGCUCUUUUCUUACAUAAACAUAAACCCAUCUCUCCCCCUUCCUCACGCAUGCACCUGCAAAUGUGUGUAAAUAAUUCUAUUUACAAGCUAAUUUCAAAUAAUCUUGAUAUCCAUUGCUGUGCAUAGAGAGAGGGAAGAAAAAAAAGAAAUAGCUUGCACAUUUCUAGGUCUGUUAAACUUUGUGAUUUUUUUUCCUGCACUGGACAGAUGGAAAGAAAAGCAAAAAAAAAAGCACAUAGGGAAUUAUGUUAAUUGUGUUUGUGUCUUUAGGCAAAGCUGUGGAAGUCUUGAAAUGUCACAGUAGUAAAUAACUUUUAUUACUUUUUUGGCUAAUUCCUUUAAUUUUUUUCUGUUCAAACACUGAAUUAUUCUGUGCAUACAUGUGUAUAUAUAUAUACAUAUAUAUAUAUAUGAACACAAACUGAAGGCCUCUACCUCCUGGAGUUAUACAACUUGGUUUGUUUAUCUCCACAUGUUGUGUUGUUGUUGUUUUUUUUUAAGUUCAGUGUGGAGACUUGAAACUUGAACGUCCCUUUCAGCUUUUAUAUUUAACAAAAAUACAAGGCAAGAAAAUUGUUUUUCACCUGUACAAAGAAAAUAACAAAUGGAUGGUCUUAAAUUUUGAUCCGGAGAUAUAUUUAAAAAAGUGGUAAUAACCUUGGUGUUUGUCAUGGACAAUUAACUGUUAAAGUUAUUGUAAGUUAUCUGUAUUUAGCAGAGUAUUUUCAGGAAGAGUGAUCUGAUCUGAGCUGGAACUGAGUACUAUUAGUUUAAGUUAUGUUUUUUGGAAGUUUUAACUUCAAUGAAGUAAUUAUUUGCUGUGAAUGACACAAACGUUGGAUUUCUCAAACAAAGAUGAUGAAAAUAUCUUUGUUUUUUUGUGCGGCUCCUGAAGAAUUUAAAAAAAUGAAAAAUAAAAACUAUUGAAGCAUUUCAAUUCACUUGAAUGAAAAACAUGUUUUUUAACUUAAAACGAGCCCAGGAAGACACUGGUAUGAAAGGUAAAAUCUCAGAGGUUGGUCUGUUUUAAUGUGGCACACUUGCGGGUCACUUUGUAAAAUGUAGAUUUGAAGUACAGUGGUGAAGACAUUAAAUGUGACAUUUGAAAUAAA